UCGAAUCCAUUAAGCCUUACAGGACGGCGACUAAUGGCAUCCACAACUAGAGAAGCCAGAAGGAGAAAGAUCGUUGAUAGAGGAUCUGACCGUUUAGCCCUCAUCACCGGUCAGAUCCAAGCCAUCCCAUCCCAAAAGUUGAUUUCCGAGGACUCACUUCCUCGUAUCUCGGAUGAAAUCACCGUUUCUCCUGACGGGAAAGAUGGAGUUUCUGAUUCUACGUUGGUGAAUAGUGAGCCCACCACCAUUGCUUCUGGAAGCGAUGGAAGCACUGUGGAAACAUCUUUACGUGGAUUUGAGACAGGUGUGGGAGCAUCAUUAGCUCCUUCUGUGGAAACAAGCAGCAAAGUAGAAUCAUCUUUGGCCGCAUCCACGGUUCAGAAAUCGACCAGGUCAUCUUCAGGAACAGAGCAAAAGAUAAAACGACGACCACAUAUAAGUAGUUUUGUGACUCCAAAUCAAAUAAGCGCCGCCAUCGCAGCAUCAGAGAAAUCCCGACUUCUUAGUUCUGUAGUUGUAGGCUUUUUGGUUGUCUCAUCGUAUUUAGGAUUUCCUCUACUGGGCAGCAACUUUGUGAGGAGCAUUAUUGGUUUUAGGCCUCUUUAUCUACUUUUGUUAACCAAUUUAACCCUUGUGUUAGUGCCGCUUCUCUUCAACAAUCAAAGAGAUUUUGAAAGGGCUGUAGAUGCAGAAAACAAGAUUCCUUCAUCUGAUGGUUCUGAUUGGAUUGAACAAGCAGGUAACGUGAUGGAGGUAGGUUUGGUGAUUCAAAGGGCCAUGGAUGCAGCAUUUAUGGAUUGCAGCGUAUAUGCCGUAAUAAUCAUUUGCGGCCUUGCCUUGGUCUAGUAAUUUAGCUACUUGAUCAAAUAUGUUAUUUCUCUUAACAUGUAUCAGUUCAUUCUUUCUGGAACAACCUUUGGUUUCUGAAUAAAUUUAUGAUGAUUUUAUUUUC